CGCCCUUCCCUCUCCAAUAUCGGUUCGCAAUCCCCCACCGCAGCCAUGUUUACCGGCCUCGUUGAGACAAUCGGCACUGUCUCUGCCCUCGAGCAGCUCGACAAGACGGCAUCCGGCGGCGGCGGCACGUCAUUGACCAUUUCCGGCUGCGAGGAUAUUCUGGGCGACUGCCACCUGGGCGACAGCAUCAGCGUCAACGGAACAUGUCUGACCGUCACCGAGUUUGACAAGACGUCGUUCAAGAUUGGCUGCGCGCCCGAGACGCUGCGCCGCACGAACCUGGGCUCGCUCACGCACGGCUCCAGCGUCAACCUUGAGCGCGCCGUCUCUGCCGACACGCGCAUGGGCGGCCACUUUGUGCAGGGCCAUGUCGACACCAUCGCGACCAUCCAGUCCGUCACGCCGGACGGCAACGCCAAGACGUUCCGCUUCAAGCCGCGCGACCCCGCUGUGCUGCGCUACAUCGUCGAGAAGGGCUACGUGACAAUAGACGGAGCGAGCUUGACGGUCACAAAGGUCGAGGACGGGCCCGACGGCUUCUGGGAGGUUAUGCUCAUUGCAUACACGCAGGAGAAGGUCGUCACGGCAAGCAAGAAGGCUGGUGACGACGUCAAUGUCGAGGUUGACCAGGUAGGAAAGUACGUUGAGAAGAGCGUCGCAGGGUACUUCGAGGAUGGCAGCAAGGGCGAGUUCGCAAUCCUGGAGAAGAUGGUGGCAAAGCUUGUAGAUGAGAGGCUGAAGGCUCUUGGGAAGUAGGUAAGAAGGUCAAAGUCAAAGAAGAUCGACAUGUAACACGGGCGGCAUGAGGUGCUGAACAUCGCCCCCACGGCUCACCAUGUACCAUACCCAAUAGACUACCUCCUCUCUACC